GGCCGGGUGCGCGGGGAAUGUCCCGGGCGGAGCUGGUUGAGACGCUUGCCCCGCUCCACCCGGUACGGCUGUGAGUGCAGGGCCUGGUCCGCCUCGUGCAGAGAUGGCUGCGCAGUCAGACAAAGACGUGAAGUACUACACCCUAGAAGAGAUUAAGAAGCACAACCACAGCAAAAGCACCUGGCUGAUCCUGCACCACAAGGUGUACGAUCUGACCAAAUUUCUGGAGGAGCACCCUGGAGGGGAGGAAGUCCUGAGGGAACAAGCUGGGGGCGAUGCCACUGAAAACUUUGAGGACGUCGGGCACUCGACAGAUGCCAGAGAGCUGUCCAAGACCUUCAUCAUCGGGGAGCUGCACCCGGAUGACAGAUCAAAAUUGAGCAAGCCUAUGGAAACUCUUAUCACCACCGUCGAUUCCAAUUCCAGCUGGUGGACCAACUGGGUGAUCCCCGCCAUCUCCGCCCUGAUCGUGGCACUGAUGUAUCGCCUCUACAUGGCCGACGACUGAGCCCCUGCCCAGCAGCCCGUGCAAGAAAAGACGGCCUGGGACAAGGGGCAGAAGCAGCCUCUGCUAAUCACUCAGCUGACAGAAACCUUCACCUGAGAAAUAAUUGUAAUAUGUCUGUUUCCCUUUCUUCCUAUGUUAGAAGCAAACAAGAACUGUUCUGUUCUUUCUACUCUUGAACUUUGCUAUGUGCCUUUUUAUCCAUCGACUUUGAUGUUUCUUCACGAUGUAAUUUACGUAUUGUAAACAUGAUCUUUUAAAAAAAUAUAUCUGGCUUUUAAAAUAUA